AGCGGAAGUGGGAAAGUCAGCUGACUGCUCUGAACCGUUUAUAGCAUUGUGAAUACUUUUCGAAACGUUUGUCGUUUAAAUUGUAAGGGUACUUCUAUCCCAGAAUGGCAGGACGUGGCAAAUUAAUCGCUGUAAUUGGCGAUGAAGACACUUGUACAGGAUUCCUGCUUGGGGGCGUUGGGGAGUUGAAUAAGAACCGCAAGCCCAAUUUCUUGGUGGUCGAGAAGGACACGAGCAUCACCGAGAUCGAGGAGACCUUCAAGAGUUUUCUAUCUCGUGAUGACAUCGGAAUCAUUCUCAUCAAUCAGUUCAUAGCCGAGAUGAUCCGCCACGCUAUAGACGCACACUUGCAGUCGAUCCCGGCCGUGCUGGAGAUCCCCUCCAAAGAGCAUCCAUACGACGCCUCCAAGGACUCAAUACUGCGGAGGGCCAAGGGCAUGUUCUCCGCAGAGGAUUUCCGAUAAACUCGGACAGUCUACCGAAGGGUCCAGAAGCUGAAUGGAGUUGUCCUGCAGAAGAUCCAGGAGGAAGAGAGUGUGCAUUGAUCCAAACUUUGUUUCGUGAUUUCCAGAACUUCAUUCCAUGCCUGGAGAGUUGGGGGAAAUUUUAUAGCUUUACACGAAAGCUGUUGAGUGUUUAGCUGUGAUGUUGAUCUUGCUCUUCCAAGCUGAAUACGUUUGACCCGUUACGUUGGAAGUAGUUGUGGCCUGUACACGAGUUAUUUAUGUGACGUUUAACACUUAUCCUGUUAGGAGUGAGGUAAUUUUAAAUAAGUAAAAUUGUGUGUUAAAGAUGGCUUGUAUUUGUCUUACUGUAAAUUGUAACGACCCUUGGCUCAGCUUCUUGUCAUUAUUGUCUGAUUUUAGUCUUUCAGCCCUGUGUCUUUUAUCUACACCCAGGAACAGGGUCUGUGUUUAGACUGGGCAAGAAAAUCAAUGUUUAGACUCCCGACCACCAGAGGGCACCAUCAGAGACAUUUUUGAUGUUUUCGUUUUCACAAAUAGGUUAUCCCACGUUCAGCAUACAUUGGGGAAAAUGGUUAGUGUAGCAAUCGAAGGCAAAGGUUUCUCAUUGUGAUUGGGGUACACUCAAGCACACAACUCUUGUGCUAUUGAGGAAGGAGAUGAUUAGGGAAAGGGAGGAAAAAUGUGUUUGGAAUGCAGUGCUAAAUUCUAGUCUAAAUGCAGAGCCCGUUUGGUCAUAUGACUCAUCAAAAGAAGGGAUUGUAACAGUUAAAACCUCAAGUGUGAUGUUACAC